AUGGUCGCCCUGUCCUGUUUUUCACUCCUUUUCUUUUCCCCACCGGAACUAGGGUUUCCUCUUCCUCCUCUCUUGAUCUUACCAUCCUGCUCUCCCUAACCUCAUCUCUAUUGCCUUUCUCUUUACCUCUCUUUUUGUCAACACGAUGCCCAAGGAGAGACGAAGCCGCUCUGUUUCUUUUGAUCGCCCCUCUCCUUUCCCCUCCCGUUCCACCAAUCAUCUGCGCCACUCCCCUCUCCCCUCUUCCUCAAGAAAUCCGCCUGGAUCUCCUCGGCCCGCAGCAGCUGACUUUCAACAAUGGGACGAGAUCCGUUGCCCCGUGUGCAUGGAACACCCCCACAACGCUGUCCUGCUUCUCUGCGCCUCCCAUGAAAAAGGUUGCCGUCCUUUCAUGUGCGACACAAGCUACCGCCACUCCAACUGCCUCGACCAGUACCGAAAAGCCAUCAAAGCGUCCUUGCCCGCGGAUUCCAAGCCGAACCUUUCCUGCCCUCUCUGCCGCGGCGUCGUCUCCGGCUCUAAAGUUGUCGAGGCGGCGCGGAAGCAUAUGAACAGUAAGGAACGGAGUUGCUCAACGGAAACAUGUGGGUUUUCUGGGGCUUAUAGUGAGCUGAGGAAGCACGCGAGAACAGAGCAUCCGCUCGAACGGCCGUCGGAGGCAGAUCCGGAGCGCGAGAGAGACUGGAGGAGGUUGGAGCAGCAGCGUGAUCUGGGUGAUUUGUUCAGCACGAUGCAGUCGACUCUUGGAGGAGAGGAGGAUGGUUUCGCUGUUCUUUCGGAUGGCGGUGACUUUGGAGGUUUGCUUCCCUUUCCUACAAUUACGUUCUUCUUGGUUCUGCGAUUUAGAGGAACUGGAGGGCUUAGUAGCAGCGUCGGAUGGUCUAAUGGGAGGAGGGGAUCAUCUAGAUCGUCCAGGUCUUGGAGAAGAAGAGUUGGGAGAGUUCUUUGGGGUGAAUCUAUUGUUGAUGCUGAGCUGGAUGGAAGAGAUCGAAGUGAUGGUGAUGAUGGUGAUGAUGUAGAUGAUGAUUAUGAUUAUGGUCUUGAUGAGCAUGGUGCCAUUGAUGGUAAUGAUGAUAAUGGUGGAGGUGAAGAGGCUCCUAGUGGAUCAAGACGGCGCCAGAGGCAAACACGUCGACACCUGAGGAUGGAUGAUCGUACUGAUGGUGACAACGUAUAAUGUGAUGCACCAGCCAUUCGUUUGAUUUGU